AUGGCCGAUUCUCACCCUCCCUCGCGUUCCAACACGCCUACACUCGUACCCCCAAUGCGGCGACCACUAGAGGAAGAUCAUGCGCCCGCUGUGUCUUCUCCACUCAACCCUAAUCCAGAUGCUGCAGCGCGUGCCCGACCGAAAGCUCCUGCGCGUGAGCAGAGGGAGAAGCGUGAGACUAUUAAGAAACGUGAAGCUUCAGCAAGUACCCGGCAAAACACUCCAAAUGCCAAACCGAAGAAAGAACGUCCGGCCGCCGACUCUCCCAUGAGAUACUCAAUCCCAGAGCCCAGACCAACCGACUACGAAGCGCCCAAGGACAGUGCCAUGGUCUCACACGAACCGAACCCAAUGUAUGCACCCGACGGCGUCACUGAGCUCAAGAAACCGCACGAUAUUGCCUGGAACAAGAAGGGCUACAAGUACACACAUUGCGUCGCCGACCCACUCUUCCGUCACAAGCAAUACUACAGGCAGAGCGACUCCAGACCAUAUGGACCGAGAAUGAGCCACGAGGAUUGUGAUAGAUGGUUUCACUUUGACCAGACCGCGACCAUUGUAUCACAGGAAAAGGGCUGGCGCAUGGGAAGAGGCAACGUGGUUGCGAGAGAAGGCAGGAUAUACUAUGAGGUCAAGGUCUUACGUGGCAUACCAGUAAACGGUCCAAAAGACCCCGUUGAUCCCAAGACGGGAGAGAUCAAGCCCGGCCCUCACGUGAGGAUGGGAUGGGCGAGAAGAGAGGCUCCGUUAGAUGGACCUGUGGGGUUUGAUGGCUACAGCUAUGGCAUCACCGACGCCCGCUUCGAAGCUCAACAUCGGUCGCGUGCCUCCAAGAUCUUCAAGCCACUACCCAAGAACGCAAAGAGCAAGCACAUGAAAGCUAGACCUCCUCAUGGCAAGCCUAUGCCGGUUGAGUAUGUUGUAGACCAGCAUGUCCAAGAAGGCGACGUCAUCGGCCUCGAGAUCCAACUACCAUCGCUAUCAAUGCAUCGCAAGGUUGUCGAAGGCAUCUACAACCCCGCUGUAGAUUUAGGUGACGGCUUCGACACUGUCAGCAAUCAGGAUCCAUUCGAUAGGCCCAUCGACAUUAUUCGCGAUCGUAUACCAGUGCCUUACAAGGGCAAUUUCUACUUCGAACAGCUCGAUUACCAAGUCACCAAGAUGGUCGAAGCUUAUCACGACCGUGGUCCCGUUCCCAAGAUACAUCCUUCGCCGAACCAUGAGGACGUCAGUGUACGCUCGCUUCCACAUUCGCACAUCAAAGUCUACAAGAACGGCGAGGAAGUCGGCAUCGCCUUCGAGAACCUUUUGGCUUUCCUUCCACCAGCAAGCAUCCCGUCCGUCGAGGCCAUCAAAGCUGGCGCACGCACUGGGUUUGACGACGGCAUGGUGGGCUACCUUCCAGCCAUCUCCCUUUUCAACGGCGGUGUCGCCCAGGUCAACUUUGGUCCAGACUUUUGGUGUCCGCCUGAAGAGAUGAUCAAGCAGCGGGAGCUGGACACACAAAUGGCCAACGGUGGUUCAACUGAGAAGCAGGUUCCCGAUGGUCGUAAGCUGAGGGCCAUUGGCGAUCGCUACAAGGAGCAAAUUGCUGAAGACGUUGUUUGGGACAUUAUUGACGAAGUCGACUUCUUCUCCCAAGACGGCGGAUGGGAGUACAAGGGCGAGGCACCCCAGGACGUGACAGGCAAAGCUACGCCUAGGGCGCGUGGCUUUGCGAACCCGGACGAGAACCUCGGCGUAGAAGUGGGUAAGCGGUACUAA